CCAUUUAGUUGUGGCAAGGCUUUAUCCAACUCGUCUCUUGUUCACUAUAGGUCGUUAUUGCCAUAACCACAUAAACUCGAAAUCCUUUUGUACGCCAGCGUGGCUGGAAUACCCUUUAAAUUCGUCCUCUUUCAUCAUUAAUUUCUCAUUCUCCUCCUCCUCCUUCAAAGUCCAUGUCCACAACCUUUGAUCAUUUCUAUUUUUGGUAAAUUCAUUCGGUGAACAUGUUAGAAGGAAAAGCUGUGAUCGGGGAGACAGAUAUGCUUCAGACCAUGCAAGAAGAUGCACUUGAGCUCGCAGCUAAAGCACUCGACUUCUUUGAUGUAACUGACGCUACUGAAAUCGCCCGAGUCAUUAAACAGGAAUUCGACAGGAUGUAUGGAGGUGGUUGGCAGUGUAUUGUAGGGACUGAUUUUGGGUCAUUUGUGACUCAUUGUUCAGGUUCUUUCAUCCAUUUUUGUAUUGGGAGUCUUGCCAUUUUGCUGUUUAGAGGGUCAUCAGCAGUUCCAGAGAACAAUAUUGAUGAUUAAUUAUACUGAGGUCUGGAACUGGAAUAGGAGAAUUGGAAUUGGAAUUGGAAUUGGAGGGAUCUCAUCAUCUUUAUAUAUGAUGUUGGUUUCUUGUAACAGUUAAAGUUGGAUGAGUUUGUGGAAAGCUGAAAUGAAGAAGGAUGUAUUGAUUCCAAUAGGAGAUGGUGGAUAUAAUUGGUUGUGGGAUAAGUCGUUCAAGAACCACACAUCAACUUAUCCACAUUUUGUUUUGCUGUACGUACAUUUUGGUGUAGAGUGUAUCAAAGAACUGAAAACUUGUUUGAUUAAUUACGAUGUAUUUGUGCUAUAUAUACAUACGUAUUAUCGACAUUCUAU